AUGCGUCACCGCUGCCACGCUUCGCCAUGGUGUUUCCUGAAAGGUGGAUGGAAUCUCCAAGUUCGGCAUUUGGACGGCAGUGCCAAUCUGGAUGCGGUCAAGAAAGACGCAUUGGAUCCGUUUUGCCAAGAGAUUGAGAUGCUUGUUGAGGCGCGUGAGUACUACGAUGUCCUCAACUAUUGCGAGUAUCCGUUCGAUAAGGGUAUAUUGGAUAUUCAUAUCACUGUGGUGGAUGAAGGGGGAUAUCUCAAGGAACAGCAUGUCUGGAUGGCUGGGUAG